ACCAUACUCUUUGAUAAGUUCUUAUACAAACCAUGAGCGGUGGAUUGGACAUCGAAUCCAGCAGCCCCUACGAUCUCAACAAGAGUCAGCGUAUCUCUUGCUUUGAUGUGCACCCAACCUUGACGAGCACCAUUCAGAUUGCCGACAAAUCGAAAGACGCUCAACAUUACAAAGACUCUGGAGAUGCAUGCACCUUUGGUGACCACGUCUUCGACAUUCUUCCAUGCGGCGAAGAAAACUCGCCUCCUUUCUCGCACCGCGGCCAAAUUGAAGUCCAGAAGAAUGACAUUUCCUCUAGAGAACAACGCUCACAAGAGCUCAGAUACGAGACGAGCGCGCGUCAAUACGAAAGAAUAUCGAGAAAAAUAGAUGUCCCGUGCAGCGUAGAGGUAACAGACGAGGACCUGGAGUCCGACAUUACCAGGUUGAUUUUGAGCGGAAGGAGGAGGGCACUCGCUACGCAUCAAGCGUCCGAAGUCGAAAAAGAAGUAUUGACGUGUUACAGAGAAAACGUUAAAUUGAAGGUGAGACAAAAAAAGCUAGAACAGACGGUCAACCGUCUGCAAAUGCAAAUAAAACUCCAAGAUUCAGAAAAAGAGUCAUUUGCGUCUGAGCUUGGAGCCUUGAAACUCAAGUAUCAAGACGCCGCCGCUCUCCUUGAAAAAUACGAGGGAAAGGCGAAAAAUUGGGAGAGGCAAGUUGAAAAGCUCGAAGAACAAGUUGAGUCAUACAAUUUGAUGAAAAAGAAGCUUUCUGAAUUCAGGUUGGCAUAUGAGAAAUUGGAAAGACAGCUUUGCUCAGAAAAGGAAAAGAGCAAAAGUUUACAAAAGCAAUUGGAUAAAGCGAAUUCCGAUCUGCAACAGCUAAAACAUACCAGAAAUAAAGAAUUAUCUCAUUUUCAAGAAUUUCAAAGAGAAACAGAAAAACGCAUCAAUGAAAAGUUAACACUCGAGCGCACCCGUACCCAGGAAAUCUCGGAUUCAAUCAAGACCAAACUCGAAGCUGAAUUCUGUCGACAAGUUCAAUUAUUAGAAGAAAAAAGAUCGGAAGAACUGAAAAAACAAAAUCUUAAAUCAGAAAGAAACUACCAAGUCUUGCAAAAGAAACUAGAGAAACAAGUCAGCGAUGCAACGGCAAAAAAAAUCCAGCUAGAAUUCACGGAGAACCAACUCAAGGUGUCAAAAGAUAAGAUCGCUGAAUUGACGAUGAAAUUAGCAAGUUGCGAGAUUAACUGUAAUCAAAAACAGCUGGCACUUAACCAUGCGUACGAGCAGAUCGAAAGACUUACCUCAAGAACAAAGCUUAAAAAAAUUGAUUUUGCUUAAAUCGAUGUGUGUUGCGAAAAAACCUCUAAGCGAAAAAUUUCCAAAAUCGUCUUUAUUCUGAUCUACGCACCUUUGAUCAAAAAAUAGCGAAAAGAGUCACUACACAGAAAGGUGGUUGAUAGAUAUGCUUCUCUUCUCAGUGUUAGUAAAUAAUAAAAAGAUUUUUCUAAGACAAAA